GCGCAAUCGAGUCCCCUGGUCCUCCGCCCCUUGGACGCCACCAAAGAGCGAGCAACCCCUUUCGUGCCCGCGCUUGCUUACUCCGUUUUCGCUUCCCCUUUCUGCCUUCUAAAUUCGUCUACUUUGUGGUGCCGCCGUUGGAUCAAAGAAAACCACAGCUUCUUAACACCUCCCCAUCCUUCCCUACUCAGCGCAACGACCGCAAUGGCUUUAGCUUCCGCCUCCGCCGCCGCUUCCUCCUCCUUCGCAACGAAUCCACAGCGCUUCUCCUCUUCCAAAUCUCAUCCCUCGCCCAAAUCCCCUCCUCCCCCCUUUCCCCUCUCCUUCAACAUCCGCCCCUCCCGUUGCCCCGCCGUCUGCUCCUCAUCCGCUUCCUCGCCCUUCACCGAGGCGCACUCCGCUGCCAGGUACCGACGAGAUAGCUGGGUCUACGAACCCGCCUCGUCUUCUUCGCCUUUCUCCGCCCAAUGCCAUUCCAGCAGCGUUGACGACAGGGAGAACGAGAUCGCCCUUCAGUUGCCUGAGCUCAAGAAGCUCCUCGAAGCUCUCAGGGCCGCCAGGCAGGCUGGCGGCGGCGGCGGCGGUAGUGCUAGGCCGGGGAGCGUCGCGCUGGUGGGGACGGGGCCGGGGGAUCCGGACCUGCUGACGCUUAAGGCGGUGCGAGCGAUUGAGAAGGCCGAUCUCAUCCUCUAUGAUCGGUUGGUGUCCAAUGAUGUGCUGGGUUUGGUCAGAGCUGAUGCUAGAUUGCUCUAUGUCGGAAAGACUGCCGGGUACCACAGUCGAACUCAGGAGGAGAUUCAUGAGCUGCUUCUGAGCUUCGCUGAGGCAGGUGCCAAUGUGGUGAGACUGAAAGGAGGAGAUCCUCUGAUAUUUGGUAGAGGUGGAGAGGAAAUGGAUUUUUUACAGCAACAAGGAAUCAGUGUCAAGGUUAUUCCAGGAAUAACUUCUGCUUCUGGAAUAGCCGCAGAGCUUGGAAUUCCACUCACACACAGAGGUGUUGCAAAUAGUGUUAGAUUUCUGACUGGGCAUUCGAGGAAUGGAGGUACAGAUCCUUUAUAUGUCGCAGAAAGUGCUGCUGACCCUGAAUCUACUUUGGUUGUCUACAUGGGUUUAUCGACCCUAUCAGCUCUUUCUUCAAAAUUGAUAAAUCAUGGGUUACCGCCAAAUACUCCAGCUGUUGCAGUGGAACGAGGUACUACACCUCAGCAGCGAAUGGUAUUUUCCAUGCUGAAUAAUCUUGCAAAUGAGGUUAGACUAGCAGAGUUAAUUUCCCCAACUCUAAUUAUCAUCGGCAAGGUCGUGAGCCUAUCACCAUUUUGGCCUCAAUCUUCUGAAGAAACUGUCAUUUCCCUCGGAGAAGAUGCGGAAAUAGGAAUAGCUUCGUCUUUUUCACAGAUUUGGAACUCUGAAAACAUUGUGUGAUGACUCUUCUAUGCUCCCUCUUCAAAGCAAUAAAUUGGUGUGAUGGCUCUUCUAUGCUCCCUCUUCAAAGCAUCAUGCCCAUCCAAGUGACCGUGUUAGGAUGCCGAGAAAAGAUAGUUCAUCAUCAAGAUGGAGAAGGCACCUCAAGAGUUUCUUUUAGUACAUUCAUCAACAUUGUAAUCGGCCAUUUUUAACAGAUAAAUGAGCUGAAUUCUACUGUAUUUCUUCAUUUUGAGUGAUAGCUGAGUGCCAUUUCCGAUGUUGGUGACGAGUGAUUUUUAUUUCUUUUUUUUUUUAGAAAAUUUGGGGGCUUAGAUAGAGAAAAAAAAAAAAAUUCUUGGAUAAGACACUGCAAAAUGUAUCACUCUUAUUUAUUGAAGAAAAUUUGAGGCUUA